AUGUAUAGAACUGCAUAUCAACGUGGUAUGCUUACCGUUUUCUUUAGCGGUGGAUCCAAACCCUUAGAAAUUUGGGACACUCAAACGAAAGAUGGGCAAUCAAGUACUGGGAAUACAUAUGCCCUUCUUGAUGGAUGGAAUCAAAUUCAAUUUAAUUUAGCUGAAUUUACUCGACGUGCUUAUAAGAAAGAGUUUCAGGAAGUUCAAAAAUUAAAAAUAAAUGCCAACAUACGAUUGAGACGUAUAUAUUUUACAGAAAGACUUAUGAAUGAAGACGAACUUCCACCAGAAUAUAAAUUAUACUUUCCUUUACAAUCAAAGAAAUCCGGUAAAAAAGCUCCUGAUCAACCUGCUCCAAAAACUCCAAGUAAAGCAGAUAUCCCGUCAAAUUUACCUGCAGAUAAUUUAGAAGUAUUAAAACCACCAGAAGAAGGUGUGCAGAAAGUACCUAGUGCAGAUAAAGUCACAAUUGCACAGAAAGUGCCAAGUGCGGAAAAAGUUCCUAGUGCAGAAAAAACUCCGGCUGCGGAAAAGCUGCCUAGCACAGAAAAGGUACCGGAUGUUGAGGCGGCACCAGUCACAGAAGAAGCACCAGCCGCAGAAGAAGCACCAGCCACAGAAGAAGUACCCAAUGCAGAAAACGCUCCUGGCGAACAAACACAACCUGCAGCUGAUUCUACAGUUGGUGAUACUGCACCACCUACAACAGCCGAAUCAACGGUGGGAGAUGCUAGUGAAAACGCAGGUGCAUCAUCAGUGGAGGGAGCUAAUCCUGAAGAGUAA